AUGUCGUCAUCCGCCCCAUCGCCUCUUCAAUCAACUAAUCCUUCCCGGCUGACUUCUAGCCCUUGUCGCGGUCGUGGUCGAAGAUCAGCCAACGUGACUUAUGUCAGCCCUGCCUUCAGAGAAGCCUCCCAGGAGGCUCGUCGGGCACGUUCUGUAAAUGACCGCUUGAGUCGUGAUGCUUCCUCUUCUUCUCGGCGCAGGGUUCGGCUACCUUCCGAAGAUUCUGACUCGGAUGACCAGCCUUUGGCUCAGAGACUUUGCCGCAGGGCCCCCCAUCCUAGCCAAGACUCGGGCCCUUCCGCUAUUCCUCAUCCUUCACCUCCUGUUGCAACCACGACUCCUAUCCCGAGCCAGAUAAAUACUCCUCCUGCUCCACCCGAGGCUUCGGCCGAACCUCCGCUAACUCAACCUUCAACCUCUCAACAGCACCCGAGCACUGAAGUCGGCCCCUCACAUUGCCCUUCACCGACUACCUCACCUCCAGAGCCUUCUCAUGUGCCCCCUUCAGCUCCUUCUGGCUCAGCUACUGGACCUUCACAGCCACCGCCACCCAUCCAUUAUCGUACCACUGCCCCUUCUGAGGUUGGGUUAAGGUCAUGGCAAGAUGUCCCCACUAGCUUCCUCAUAAUGAAAGGUCGUUUGGCCACUUUAUGGGAAGAAAGUAUGCAGCAGAUGGAACUCUUGCUGCCACUUGCCCAAAUGGAUAGAUUCUCAGAGCUGUAUAUCAAGGCUUGUGCAGAGUCCCUGAUAAUAAACCAAUCCUUCCAUGCCGCUCAUUACCAGAGCAAGGUGCUGCGAGACAUGUUAACAGAAUUGGAGCUCCAAUUAAAUGACCCUGCGCAGGCUAGUCAUGCCCUGAGAGUCGAAAUAAAGGACCUGACCAGAAGGAAUACCCAUCUGGAAGUGUCCUUAGCGCAGGCCAACCACCAGCUUAAACACAUUCAGGAAGAAAAGAGCCAGAUUGACAUUAUACACCAGCAGUGCUUGGAGCAACAAGCUUUGGUACAUCAACGAGCCAUUGACCAAUUAACCCAGAAAUUGCAUUCCGAAGAAACCCUUGCACAAGAGCAGGACAAGAGGUUAAAAUCCCAGGCGGCCCAAUUAGCGUCUCAAGAGGCAGAACUUCUGGUCGUCCGGACUGAACUGGCUCAGACCCGGGCUACUGCAGAAGGAGUAUCUACAACCCUGACUGUUUAUAAGGAAGGGGAGAAUGAUCGCUGCAAAUAG